AUGGACCUGCUUGUCUUAGCCGGGGCCGCCAUCACGGCGGUCGCACACCCCGGUCCGCAUGAACCUAUCUCAGAUUCGGUGACGAAGCGUCAAAACCAGUUGAGCAAGAAAUGUGCCGACCAUGUGGCGAGCUUCAACCAGCGCCGUAUGAAUAAGCGGGCAAUGGCGAAGCGUUGGGAAGGAUCGGGCCGGAAUACCACCUUCGAGAUCACCACCGAGGCCCCGUACUAUGAGACCAUACAGAACGAGACUUGUGUUUUGACCCCAGAAGUGACUCGCGGUCCCUAUGUCUGGCCGAGAUCGCAGACUCUCCGACAGGACAUGACUGAGGACCAGGUUGGUGUCCCGUUGUGGCUGGAUAUCGGAGUUUUGGACAUGGCCACUUGCAAGCCACUCCCCAAUGCCCUCGUUGAUUUCUGGCACUGUAAUGCGACCGGUUCUUACUCUUCGUUCACGGAGCUGUCUCCUAACACCCCCUUCGAGGAGCUUCUGACCGACCUCAAUAUCACGGACUUUGAUCUGGGCGUGACGGAUCUCCACACGGACGAUACAACCUGGUUGCGCGGCAUGUGGCCCACUGAUGCCAACGGAAUGAUGGAAAUGAAGACUAUAUUCCCUGGAUUCUACGUUGACCGCGCAAUUCAUAUCCACGCUCAGGUGCACACCGACUGGACCACCCGAGAGAACGGCACAAUAAUCGCGAGCAACACUGUCAGCACCGGGCAACUCUACUUUGCGGAGGACCUCGAAGAGGAGAUCAUGGCAAUGGAGCCCUAUGUUUCUCACACCCAGAUCAACCGAACUACCAACGCGCAGGACUCUGUUUUUUCGCAAGAUACUGAUGGUGGAUAUAAUCCGGUGAUUUCUGUUGUGCCAGCUGAUGGCAAGGAUGUGAAGAAUGGGAUGAUAGGAUACAUCACGAUUGGAGUUGACACUACUGCUAUUGAGACCUGGAGUAAAUAA